AUGACUCGCCUUUCUGUCGUUGCUUCUUUGCUCCUCGUCGCCUCAGCCUCAGUUGGUGCAGUAGAGUUGAUUGCGCGAAGCGCGGAUGAGUUGGGCCAGCUCUUCGCCCGUCAGAGCACCAUCUUGGACCCCGCCGACAUUCCCUCCGCUUGUCAAUCACAAUGCACGGGAAUAGUUAGCGCCUUGAAUUCGUGCGCAAGUACUACCUGCAUUUGCACGAAUACUAAUGCCAGAGGGCUCGAAGCAUGCGUCAACUGCCUGGUGUCCCUCGCAAACACCCCUUCCAUGCAAACCCAGGGUCAAAGCAUCCUUGACAACUUCGUCGCCGGCUGUGGCGGAACGGUAGCUCCCUUGACUAUCGUUGGAGGAUCGACUGCCUCUGCAUCCGCCUCUGCCGGCUCUAGUGUGGGCUCCAUAGCUUCCGGUAGUGCCAUCGGAGCCCCCAGCACAUUCGCCCCGAUCGCAUCUCCGUCAGUAACGUCUCCGCUUACUUCAACUACCCGUACAUCCACCGCCCCGCAACAGACGAUCACAGACGUAGGCAACGGAGGUAGCAGCGGAGCUGAUGACCCCUUCGGCAAUGGUGCUGCAGGUCAAGGCGCAGCCUUCAUCUCUGCGGUCCUGGCUUGUGUCGCCGCUGGCGCAGUCUUCCUUGUUGUGUAG